GCCUGCCUUCCAGUUAUAAACUUCUCCCGAUUCCUCUCCAAGAUCUCCCUCAACCCUUCUCUACGCUCUAGUCAUCUGCCGGCCUACCUAACCCUGCUGCCGGAUCUCUCACGAAGAAGAGGAAGAAGAUGAGAGAGAUUCUCCACAUCCAGGGCGGGCAGUGCGGAAAUCAGAUCGGGGCCAAGUUCUGGGAGGUGAUCUGCGACGAGCACGGGAUCGAUCGCACUGGAAAGUAUAGUGGAGAUUCCGAUAUCCAGCUUGAGCGGGUCAAUGUAUACUACAACGAGGCCAGCGGUGGGAGGUACGUACCCAGGGCGGUGCUUAUGGACCUUGAGCCCGGCACCAUGGAUUCCUUAAGAUCUGGGCCCUACGGGCAAAUAUUCCGGCCGGACAACUUUGUCUUUGGGCAAUCUGGUGCGGGUAACAACUGGGCUAAGGGACACUACACGGAGGGAGCUGAGCUCAUCGAUGCUGUUCUAGAUGUGGUGAGGAAGGAGGCUGAGAAUUGUGAUUGCUUGCAAGGAUUCCAAGUGUGCCAUUCUUUGGGUGGCGGAACUGGAUCUGGCAUGGGAACCCUUCUCAUCUCUAAGAUGAGAGAGGAAUACCCUGAUCGCAUGAUGUUGACCUUUUCAGUUUUCCCAUCUCCUAAAGUUUCGGACACCGUGGUGGAACCCUACAAUGCUACCCUUUCUGUUCAUCAACUCGUCGAGAAUGCUGACGAAUGCAUGGUGUUGGAUAAUGAGGCCCUUUACGAUAUCUGCUUCCGCACUCUAAAGCUUGCAACUCCUUCCUUUGGUGAUCUGAACCACCUCAUCUCUGCUACCAUGAGUGGCGUUACUUGCUGCCUGAGAUUCCCCGGCCAACUCAACUCUGACCUCCGCAAGCUCGCCGUCAACCUCAUUCCGUUCCCCCGCCUUCAUUUCUUCAUGGUUGGCUUCGCCCCCCUGACCUCCAGAGGCUCCCAGCAGUAUCGUUCCCUCACCGUUCCCGAACUAACCCAACAGAUGUGGGACUCCAAAAACAUGAUGUGCGCCGCCGACCCUCGUCAUGGCCGCUACCUCACUGCUUCCGCCAUGUUCCGCGGCAAGAUGAGCACGAAGGAGGUGGACGAACAGAUGAUGAACGUCCAGAACAAGAACUCCUCCUACUUCGUAGAGUGGAUCCCAAACAAUGUCAAGUCCAGCGUUUGUGACAUCCCCCCGAAGGGACUCAAGAUGGCAUCCACGUUCGUCGGCAACUCAACCUCGAUCCAGGAGAUGUUCCGCCGCGUGAGCGAGCAGUUCACGGUGAUGUUCAGGAGGAAGGCUUUCUUGCACUGGUAUACGGGAGAGGGCAUGGAUGAGAUGGAGUUCACCGAGGCUGAGAGCAACAUGAAUGACUUGGUGGCGGAAUACCAGCAGUAUCAGGAUGCAACGGUUGAUGAUGAAGAGUACGAGGAAGACGAUCUGGCCGAGGCCAACUGAGCUAAUAUUUCGUUUGCCGAGAUUUAGGGUUACUCGUUAGUCUGUUGGCUUGCUUUCGGGUCCGGGUUUGGUUUCGUUGUGCUUAUAUUCUGCUCAUCGUUGUAUUUCUGUAAUUUGGAAUUUGUUAGUGUGCUUAAAUUUGUUGGACUAUUGGUGUUGAUGUUUUGGUUUUAAUAAACAGUGCUAUUUUUGGAAAA